UACCACCGCAUUAGUGGCAGCGCUCAAACUACCAGUUUACUCCCCAGACCUACCACCAACAAAUUGUGUGCUCAAAAACAACCAGUUUAUACUCACCAAAAGCCUCAAGAACCAUGGCGGAGGCUGUUGUCGGGCAGCUGGUGGUGACGCUCGGGGCGGCGUUGGCCAAAGAAGCAGCAACCUAUGGAGGAACGCUGCUCUGCAAGGAAGCCUCCGCCCUCAGGGGCCUCUUCAGCAAGAUCCGCCUUUCCAAGGCGGAGCUGGAGAGCAUGCAGGCCUACCUGCAGGAGGCAGAGCGGUUCAAGGACACCGACAAGACCACCGCCAUUUUCGUCGGCGAGAUCAGGGGCCUCGCCUUCCAGAUCGAGGACAUCGUCGACGAGUUCACCUACAAGCUGGAGGACUCCAAGCAUGGAGGGUUCGCCAGCAAGAUGAAGAAGCGGCUCAAGCAUAUCAAGACCUGGCGGCGGCUAGCAGCCAAGCUCCAAGAAAUCGAAGCCCAGCUGCAGGAUGCCAACCGGAGGAAGAAGGAUUAUGCUGUCACCGGCAGAUCUGCUUCUGCUGCCAGAUCGAUAAGAGAAGGUCAAGCUUUGCACUUCACCAGGGAUGAGGACCUUGUGGGGAUCGAAGAGAACAAGGAGAGGCUGAUACGGUGGCUGACAGGCGGUGGUGAUGGUCUGGAGCAGAGCAACAGCAAAGUCACCAUGGUGUGGGGGAUGCCUGGUGUAGGUAAAACCACUCUGGUUGCUCAUGUGUAUGGCACCAUUAAAGAGAAUUUUGACGCCGCGGCAUGGGUAACUGUGUCAGAAAGUUACAAUAUUGAGGAUUUAUUGAAGAAGAUUGCCGGCCAGUACGGCAUUGCAGUCGACAUCGCCAACGUUGAGAUGAGAGGACUGGCAGAGUCCAUCCACAACUUCCUUCAAGGUAAAAAGUAUAUCUUGGUCUUGGAUGAUGUUUGGGCCGAACGCUUCUUGUUGGAGAUAAGGAAUUUCUUCCCAGCAUCUAAUUGUGCGAGUCGAUUUGUUAUCACAUCAAGAAAGCAGGCAGUGUUGACAACUAGGGAGUCUGCAUUUGCAAUUCACUUGGGACCGCUACAAGAGCAUCACUCCUGGCUGCUAUUUUGCAAAGGAGCCUUUGGGAAUGCUGAUGACAAAGAGUGUCCUCUGGAGCUGCAGGAAGUUGCUCGAAAGUUCAUAGCAAAGUCCGAAGGAUUGCCUAUUGCUAUUACAUGCAUUGGCCGCCUACUCUCCCGCAAACUCCCAACUUCUGCCGAAUGGGAGGAUGUGUACAGGGGUUUGGAUUUGCAGUUGGUGAAAGAUGUGAUCCCUGAUGCUCAUAUGAUCCUAAAGGUCAGCUUGGAGGACCUUUCGUACGAUUUGAAGAACUGUUUCUUACAUUGUGCAUUAUCGCCAGAAGAUUUUGAAUUAAAGAGGAAAAGCAUAGUCAGGCAAUGGAUUGCGGCGGGGUUUAUCACAGAAAAAGAUGAGAGAAAAACAGUGGAGGAAGUGGCAGAGGGAUACUUGGCGGAGCUUGUGAACCGAAGCCUACUACAGGUAGUGGAAAGGAAUUAUGUCGGACAACUGAAACACUGUCGGAUGCAUGAUGUCAUACGUCUUCUUGCCCUAAACAAAGCUAUGGUGGAAUGUUUUGGUAAAGUUUAUAAUGGCCCUGCUGAUGGGGCAUUCUCUGUAGAUGGUGCACGUCGCAUAUCGAUUCAGGGAAAAACUCUUGAACACCUGAGCCGAUCGGGUGCUACACAGCUCCGUGCACUACAUGUUAUUGACAAUUAUAUUGAUAUUGAUUUGCUGAAGACCAUCCUAACAUCUUCUAGUUUGUUGUCGAUGUUGAAUCUGCAAGGUACAUGGAUCAAUGUGUUGCCUAAUGAGGUAUUUGACUUGUUUAAUCUGCGUUAUUUGGGUCUUAGAGAUACCGAGAUCAAAAGCCUGCCUGAAGCAUUGGGGAGAUUACAAAGCUUGGAAGUCUUGGAUGCUGCGUGUUCUAAGCUGGAAUAUCUGCCAAAAAGUGUUGUCAAACUUCAGAAGUUGAGAUACCUGUAUGCAUAUUCUGCUGGUGGUGCAGAUGAGACAUUAGAAAUUUUAAGUAAUGACGGAGUCAAGAUGCCUAAUGGCGUGCAUCACUUGGUAGGACUGCGGGCCCUUGAUUCUGUCCAAGCCACUCCAGAGUUACUGUGUGAAGUUGGAGCUCUGAUAGAGUUAAGAACAUUCGGUGUCUACAACGUGAGAAGCAAUAACUCUGCUAACUUGAGCAAUGCUAUCACCAAGAUGACCCAUCUUGUUCGUCUCGAAAUUUGUGCUGCAGAUAUGGAUGAGGUGUUGUGGCUGGAAGGGCUAUGUUUACCUCCAACCCUUUCUCGGCUUUGUUUAGUAGGGCAGAUUGAAAAAACAACGAUACCUCAGCUUUUCUCUUCUUGGUCACACCUUAAUAACCUCACUAGGUUGCAUCUGACAUUCUCCAAUAUUGAUGAGGACACCUUUUCCUGUCUGUGCGUGUUACAUGGUCUACGCUUUAUUUACCUAAUGAAGGCUUUUGAAGGGAAGAGGUUGGAUUUUUACGCAGGGUCAUUUCCAAAUCUCAGGCAUCUAUGGAUGGGGGGCGCGGCACAGCUCAAGCAAGUGGUAAUAGAGAAGGAUGCAAUGCAAAACCUCAUUGAGCUAUUCUUCGCAGACUGUCCCGAGCUAAAGUUUCUUCCUGAUGGCAUCGAACACCUUACAGCCCUUGAGAGAUUAGGUCUGAAAGACAUGUCAGAAGAGCUGAUAGAAAAACUCCGUCGGAAGAGAGAUUCAGAUGAAUCCAGUGAAGAUUUAAUGAAGAUUAGCCACAUUAGGAACGUUGCAGUUGAAAUGAAAGGAGUUUUGGAAAGGAUUAGGUGAUUGUCGCUGCUCCCAGGUGAUUCUGGUUUGCUCGGGAGGGGAGGAGGAUGCUGGUCUGACGACUGUCCUCCAAUAUCUAAGCUCGGAUGGGGCGAGAAGAAUUUGAAAGCUGGGCAGCCCAUUAGUUGUUACAUCUGCUGGACAAUGAAAUUCUAGGCCAUGCCUGUUACUAGUCAAUAUCGAGGACUGGCGCGCAAGACAGGUGGCAGCAGAUAUUUCUUAGCUGCAAAGAAAAAGAAUUACGCAUUUGGAGUCUGCACAUUACUCUAGCAGUCUAGCUAGCUAUGUUGAAAUGAGCAUUCUGCUCAUCAGCUAUUGAUAUUCUCUGUUGCCGGCCUACUUUCUUAGGCAUUGUUAGACAAGCUUCAGUAUGUCUGCACGUACACAGGUGGCUUUCAGUGUGUGUACUGGCGUUGGAACUCGUAAUCUAUGUAAGCUGUAAUCAUUACUGAGCAGUACAACUUUGUAUA